AUGAGAUGGAAGCUGAAGUUUCCAAAUGCAGUGGUGCACAGGCUCACAGAAUCAGGCUUGGAUUAUGCUCCUAUCUUGAUGGAAACUGAACCUCAAUCCUGGCAUAGUAAAAGGCGUUUUAAAUACCAGGAACGUUGGUGUGGAAAAGAUGAUGUCAAAAGAAUUGUCAGCGAAGUGUGGAAAAUGGAAGUAGUAGGCUCAGCUAUGUUCUCCUUGGCCCAAAAGUUGAAAGAAUAUAGACAUAGAUUUGUUCAAUGGCAGAUAACUCACAAAGCAAACUCUCGAAAAGAAAUUGAGGACCUUCAAGCUAGCCUAGAGGAGCUGUGGGUGGCUGGAAUCAAUGGGGGAGAGGAGAUUACCAGAUUAGAAGAGAAGUUGGAGCUAGCAUAUAUGAAAGAAGAAAGUUAUUGGAGAGAAAAAUCUAGAGUUAAAUGA